GGAAGAGACAAGUGCAGGUGGGAUAAUCUUGUCUCGUGGAUUUCCGAUAGAAAACAAAGGAGAUCUCUCGCCAGAUAUGGAUCCUCAGAAUCUGUCACCUUUCAACCUAUAAAGCAAAAGCAACUUCCCCUUCUCUUUCUCAACCAACUCCUCCUUAGUCUUUCUCUGCUUUUCUUCCAAACACACUCUCCGUCUCUCCUUUCUCAUUUUUCUUCAAACUUCAAAGGAAUAUUCUCUUCAUCGGAGAUGGCAGCUACCGCCGAUCUUUUCAUUCAGCGACUGCCUGAAGUGUCCGCGCGUGAGCUUCACGUCCUUGCUGUUGAUGACAGCCAUGUUGAUCGCAAGGUCAUUGAACGGUUGCUCAAAAUCUCUUCAUGCAAAGUGACAGUUGUGGACAGUGGAACUAGAGCUUUACAGUAUCUAGGGUUGGAUGGAGGAGAGAAAAAUAGUUCAAUUGAUUUUGAUAGCAUGAAGGUUAAUCUGAUAAUGACUGACUAUUCGAUGCCGGGGAUGACAGGAUUCGAACUCCUAAAGAAGAUCAAGGAAUCGUCGAUAUUUAGAGAGAUUCCGGUGGUGGUGAUGUCUUCUGAGAAUAUCUUGACCCGAAUUGAUAGUUGCUUGGAAGAAGGAGCAGAGGAGUUUCUGUUGAAACCUGUUAAGUUGUCCGACGUAAAACGUGUGACGGAUUUCAUCAUGAGAGGUGAAGGGAUGAAAGGAGGCAAAAGAUCUCAAAAACGAAGGCGUUCGGACGAUUGCAUUCCAUCUCUAACAACUGAACUUUCACCAUUGUCUCCAUCCACCUUGGCCUCAAAGAAAUCUAAACUAUGAGAAGUCGUUUUUAUCUUAUUAUUUCUCCAUUUUUGCCAGAACCAUUGUUCAUAUACCAAAGCCUCAUGAUGUAAUGUG